AAAUAUGCGUUUGCUAUACAGAAAACUUAAUUGUCGCUGAUUGAAUGGGUUUGUAAGUUUUAAAUGUAAUUUUAGGCUAGUGACAACGCUGCGCCCGUACAAGUCUGCUUGUUACUGUCUGUCAUGUUUCAUAUGUAUUUUAUUAAUAUUUCAGGUACGUGUCAUCGGGUCCUUUUAACGCAUAUUUCAGGUGACGAUACUAUCUCGCGUGAUUUCAGGUUCUGGGUUCUGUCGCCAACAUCAGCGAGACAGCGCUGGGUGCCGCGAAAUUGAAAGUAUUUCCUCCAUGUAACCUUCGCUAUCAGCCUUUAAUGCCCAGAUGGUUAAAUUACCAGUGUUACUAAGUAUAAUUUGAGCGGCUCCCGAAUUAAACUCCUGUUUCACUUUUCGCAGUGAAAAUCAUUGGAUUAUAUUGUAUUCUAUUUUUAAGGAAGUGGAUUAAGUCGCAAAAAUAACCUUUUAAGUUAAUAACUGGACAUGAUGACGCAGAUGGGAAGAGGGGAGCCCCGAAUCCUAAGGCUGCCACCCUGCGGUGGGAAUAGGGAGAAGAUGAGGAUGGACUUGAUUUGAACUGUAAAACAGCUUCUCUCUUGGCCAAAAGCAAAGAAUACAAGCAAUGGAGAUCUUGUAACACAAGUGAUGUACUCAGCAAAGAGGCACUGCACUCAGAAGCUUAAUCUUGCUUAAUGUAUUUGCUGAUGCAGUGUUUUAAGACAAUGAAUUUGACAACAACCUGGACUAAGGGAGGGACUCCGUAAUAAUCUCGAGGGGGUCACACUCAUUAUUGCACCUUUUGACUCUUGUGGAGCAUCUGGCUGCCAGUUUGUAUGUAACCAGGGCAGUUUCAGUUGAGGACAUUUCUGAGGGGUACGUGAGUAGUUCUGUUCUCCGGACUGCACUGCAUUCACCAGCCUCCGCCCUGCCGUCUCCACAAUGGCACUGGGGCCCUGCUGCACAGACCUGCAGAGGCGGCGGGUGGAGCUGGUGGAGGGGUGGAGCCACCACAUCGCCUUUCUCCUGGACCUCCUGUAUAAGGUGGGGGCCCUAACUGAGGAGGAUGUGGACUCAGUGCGAGGUGGUGGCUACCAGAGCGAACGGGAGAGCAUGCGGAGGCUGCUGGACGUCCUGCACGGGCGAGGGGAGGAGGCGUGCCGAGCUUUCCAGCAUGCACUGCAGCAGGUGUCCCUAGACCCUCGGCCAGCACCCAAGGACAGCAAUGCUUGUGGUCAGAGUCUUAUCUUCCCUGAACUGCAGGGGGCGAUGAGGAGGCAUAAGGAGAUCCUGGCUCGGGAGCACAGCCCCAUGGACUACCUCAGUAUCCGAGGAGGGGCGGCGGCAGAUGGGAGCCACUGCAAUUUCAUUGAGACGACCCUCUUGCCGUCUGUGGGCUUCCUGGUCCCACCACGGUACCAGCACGAGGCCACCGACGCCGGCGACGCUUUCCGCAGGGUGGAGGUGCCGCAUGGAACUCAGGGUCCAACGUGCGGGUUCUCCACACUGUGUCAGAGUUUGCUCUUUGGCAGAGACGAUGGGGUCAUUUUUGUGUGUGGAGUAGCUGGCAGCGGCAAGACGACGUUGGUGAGGCGACUGGUCCAUGAGUGGGUGGUCAGUGAGGAGACCCAGAAAGUGAUCAUCUCCCUGUCCUUCCGUGAGCUGAACCUCGUCAGUGAGCCGCACAGCUUGCAGGAUCUGCUUUGUGUGCACUAUAGUCAUCUCCGGCCUGUACUUGCACACAUCCUUGCUUCCGAUCCUUCCAAGAUUCUUCUCAUUCUGGACGGGCUUGACGAGUUCAGGUUCCCUCUUGACUUUGAUAGGACGCCCAAGUGCUCAGACCCUGCUCUCGCACAGUCCAUGGGCAGUAUGGUGGUGAACCUGAUCAAAGGGAACCUGCUGCCGGGUCGCUCUCUCCUCCUCACCUCGCGCCCCCACGCUGUCACCAAGGUCCCCCUCCAGCGGGUAUCGUUGUUCUACACCGUGUUGGGUUUCUCGCCAGAGCAGCAGCACCAGUACUUCUUGCGAACCUGCCAGACCGCUGAGGCUGCGGAUAUGAUCCAGCACUAUGUGUCCUCCCACAGGCCUCUCCUCCGCAUGUGCCACAUCCCGGCCUUCUGCUGGAUUGUAGCUACCGCCUUGCGGAACCUCAGUAAUUCACAGGAGUCCCUCGAGCAAAAGUUUGACAACAAGCAAGAGUCAGUCACCUUGAAGACUCGUGUGGUAGGUGUUCCCCAAGGUUCAGGGAAGCCUACCACCAUCACUGAGAUCUACUGCUGCUUUCUGAAAGCUAUCGUAGUGUUUCACACGGAGGGCCGGGAGGCAAACUUAGGGGUGAACCGCCUUCAGGAGGCCCCUCAGGUGAUGCAGAGCAUGCGCUCUCUGCUGCAGGACCUGGGUGGCCUGGCCUUCCGGGGGCUGCUGGAGAGACGCUUCUUGUUUGAUAGCUCUGACCUGGGAUCCCUGGCACUCGGCCACUGUGAGCUGUCUCGGGCCUUCCUGGUAGAGACGCUGCGGGAGGACCGGGCCUCCCUUGUCUGUGAGAGGAGCUUCCACUUCAUCCAUACCAGCCUGCAGGAGUUUCUGGCUGCGCUCUAUUAUGUGCAGCAGUCUCUGUCUGGCAGAGACCCUUUCUCCGGCCACAAACCGGGCCUCCUGGAGGUCAUGCGUAAGGCCCUGGAGACGGCCAGAUACCGGCUGCUAGGACCAAGCUACCACAGGCACAUCAAGAAGGUUUUCUGCUGGAGUGAGAGCCACCAGUCCGGCCACCUGGACCUCUUCUGCAGGUUCCUCUCAGGUCUCUUGGUUCCCAGCACCCGUCAGAUUUUAGAAGGGCUCUUCCCCCAGGAGCCUCAGAAGCUGCUCUCCAUCCCGGCCUGCCGAGCAGCUGGCCCUGUGCCCCCCGCCUCCGCCCCCCCCUUCUUCCUGAAGCUGCUCCGCUCCCAGCUGCAGCGCCAAGAGCUGCGAGCAGAGCGGCAGGUUAACGCGUGUCACUGCCUCUAUGAGGCGCUGGACCCGGGGCUGCCGCGGCGUUUGGAGCGCUGGCUGCAGCUGCUGGCCCAGCAGGGAGAGCCGACCCUGGAGCGGCCGCAGCAGGACUGGAGCGAGCUGGCCUUCCUGCUGGAGCUGAGCCCCGCCCUGCAGGAGCUGAGCCUGGAGGCGCAGGGCCUGCGUGCAGAGGCCCUCCGCAGGCUGCUGCCUGUGCUGCACCUCUUCCACACCCUCAGGUUGGCGCAGAACCCCCUGGGCCCAGAGGGGGCUGCCAUCUUGCGUCAUGCAGUCAGAAACCCAGACUGUCGCAUUGAGAAGCUCUGGUUGGUGGCCACAAGCCUAGGAUGCGAGGGAGUGGAAAUUCUGUCUGAUGCAUUGAAAGAGAACCGCACAGUGGUUGACCUGAGGAUGGCCAUCAAUAACAUCGGUGACAAAGGCGCCGGCCACUUGGCUGAGCUGCUGCGGCACAAUCACACGCUCAGGGACAUCAGGCUCCGUGACAAUCGUGUGACAGACAAGGGUGGGGAGCUCCUGAUGGCCGCCCUGGAAGACAACAACACACUGGAGUACCUGUGGUUGUUUGACAAUAAGUUCUCCAAAGAUGGUGUUAGGAAGCUGAAAGAAUUUGCCAAAAGCAGGCCGACGCUGGACAUCAAAGUGUGUGUUUGAGCCCCCGGGUCAGCCCCCCCCCCCCCGCUUUAUGCUUCCCUGACUGCUUUUAGGCAUUUUCAUGUUAUUCUGCUGGCCUGUUUGCAGGAAUUAACAAAUGUAAAUGUUACUUUGUUACUGGUAGUUUAUAACAUAUAUUUAAAAGGUGCUUCUCUGUCAGCCUUGAUGAACUUGAUGAUGGAGACAUUACAGAACAUGACCUGCAGAUGGCGCACUGAAGCUCUAAUUGAGACUGUUACCAGUUUUUUCUGGUUAUGAAACAAAAUUGUGGAAAGUGGUAAGGAAAUUUCCGAUAUUCUGAAAUAUUAACUUUUUUUGAAAUUUUUUUACAAAAAAUUUAUCUUUUUAUUGCACAGUGCUGUUAAUGGUUUUGACUGGGGGUGUCCGAGCUGGGCUGCAUACAGUAGCUGCAAUGGGGGGACACCCCCUUAUGUUGUCAUACAGUAGUUGUAGAGAUCCCUGUCUCUGCUAGUCUGCUUUCAUUUGAGGAUUGCUGGGUUUAAAAAGUUUGAAAAUCCGCAGCUAAGUUUAAUGUCUUACCAAAGGUGUAAGAUUACACUGGCUGUUUUUAGAGGUCAGGUGACCUUGUGAAAUCAAUGCUUAAACAUUUUAUGGUUCCUGUUUAAAGGGUCACUUUUAAUCGCGGACCCGGAACUGAAUACAUUUGUGUAUUCUUAUUUUUUUUAAAAGGGGUUUUUGAACUGUGAGUGUUUGUUACACUAAAGGCUUUUCAGGAAGGUGCCCUGACACCAUCGCUGCUGUUUCCUCGUGUUCCUGUCCGCUCUCGCACGCGCGGGACUCUUACCGGGGGCUUGUGGUGCAGCUUGGUGCUCCGCCGGGCCACAGCACCGCGCAUAAAUCUCUGCUUCUCAGACAGAAGUGCCAGCAGGUCGGAGAAACGAAGCCAGAGUGUAUCAAAGGAGCCUUUUUCCAGGGUCGGUCCGAUAUCUGUCUUUUGUGUACGAAGGGAAACGCUGCAGCAUGCUGUCAGGCGCCGUGGCUGAUGUCACUGGUCAUGUGACCAGCCUCACAUUCUCUGCGUGCUGUCGUUACAUUUUUCAUUCACCUGUCACACAGAUUGUUCUUCAAUAUUUUCAUAUCAGAGAAAAUCUGAAUGUUAUUUGUGCAAUUUUCUGAACUGCUGUAUUUCGCUUGUUAUUUAAUUUGGGAAAUGUGACUUUUGUUUAAUUAAAAGAACAUUCUGA